UCCAGUUCUUUCCAGUUUCUCAUUAUGAAUAUCAGUUUUCUUGAAGAGCUAAAGUAGAAGUUAUAAAGGUGCAGAAGUUCAGAACCAUAUUAUCUUUUUAUGGUUUGAGCCUGCUGUUACUUAAGUCUGCAAGCUUGCAGCGAUAGCAGAUCUCCUGGGUUUGUACUCUGCAGUUUGGACUGCUUGUGGAACGACUGGAAGCGUGGAACUGGGAGUUGGGACACCAAUGUUCUAUGAUAAAAAAAGCUUGGAAACUGUUUGCUUACUGGUGACUUAUUUAUUCGUAUUUGGGACUUUUUGAGUGGAAAUUUGGAGCUUCUCUUCUUCCAUAAGCUCUCAUUUUAAAAUCAAUCAUCUGUUAUGAGAUUAUCAGUCUGGUUAUGAUUGCUUAAUUCAAGCAGUGACUGGAAGUCGGGAACUACUGCACAUAAGUGCUACGAGUAAGAUUUGGACAAACUGAUGGCCUUAUAAUAACCCUUGAUACUGACUUUAACUGGGCAGUGGACUGUGGACUUAUCAAGAACCAAAGCUCUUGAAAAUGGAAUCUGGCACUGCUGCUGAACUGUGGAAAACAGAUUCGAACAAUUUGGACAAAUUACUGAAGACCGAUUCUGACGAUCUUGACGACCUUUCACCAGAAAUGCCUAUCGAUCUUCCAAGUGAAUUAUCGGACUAUCUGGAUAUGGUCGGCAAAGGAGAAGUGCCGUUUUUAUCCAUAGAUGACGAAUGUGAAAUAUAUGGCAAGGUUCUGAAUGAUGUUAUCCAUGGAAGUAUUUCCCUGCAUCCGCUGUUGAUCAAAUUUAUUGACACCGAAGAGUUCCAACGCCUUCGCGAAAUAAAGGCCCUUGGGAUGACAUCUCUCUUGUUUCCAACAGCCAAUCAUAAGCGCUUUGAACAUUCUAUCGGUGUGUCCCAUUUGGCUGGCCAGUUUGUUCAAGCUUUGGAUCGAAAGCAUCCGGAACUGGAGAUAUCGCGAAGUGAAAUUCUUUGUGUUAUGCUAGCAGGCCUCUUGCAUGACAUUGGUCAUGGUCCGUUCAGCCACACCUUUGAAAAGUUCAUGAGAGCAGCUAAUCCAACUGCACAAUGGACGCAUGAACAAGCGUCAUUGGACAUGAUCGAUUACCUCAUAACGAAAAAAGAUCUACUGCCGACAAUUAAGGCUUUCGGAUUGGGAGAUGAAGAUAUCCGUUUUAUCAAGGAACUUAUAUUUGGGCCUCUCAACGGAUGCCAAGAAGUGACCGCCCGCCCAAAGAAACGCCAUUUCCUAUACGAGAUCGUGUCGAACAAGAUAAAUGGAAUCGAUGUGGAUAAGUGGGAUUACUUAGCCAGAGACGGCUACCAGGUUGACGAGGGAGGUUCAUUCGACCAUCAGCGCUUCAUUACACAUUCCCGGGUUGCAUUUACUGGCACUGGUAACGACCGGCGUCGUUGUAUCAUGUUUCGCGACAAGGAAGUGGGCAACUUCUACGACAUGUUCAAUGCGCGAUACCGAAUGCACAAGAAGGUAUACCGGCAUCGCGUGUCCCUGAUUCUGGACGAGAUGAUCGUUGACGUCAUGAAGGCAGCCGAUGGGCAUUUACGAUUAAAGGGCUUGAAUGGAACUUUCUACAAGCUGUCGGAAGCGUUCAAGGAUAUGGCUGCAUAUGCACGACUGGACGACGGAAGCAUCCGCACCUGGAUAAAGAACGACGAUAGCUUGGAAAUGGAGGAAGCUAAGGCCCUGUGGAAGCGAAUCGAUGAAAGAAAAUUGUACUGCUGUAUUGGUCGUACCGAACCCAGGGAAUCGAUAGAUCAGACCAUUGACACAAUCUUGGAAGAACUAACCGCUAUGUUAGUAAAAAUGCCAGAUGCAAAUUUCAUCUCUGCGGAAAGGUUCAGGAAGAAUGUGAUCAUUUUAAAGAACGAAUUCGAUUACGGGAAAAAAGAUGAAAAUCCGCUGGAUCAUGUGUUGUUUUUCGAAAAGAAGAAGCUGAAUUAUCCUAAAACAAUCAGCAGCAACGAGGUAUCCAAACUUUUGCCAACAACUUUUUCUGAAACGGAAAUCCUGUUCCUUUACCGAUCUGAAGACAAGAUCGAACAGAGAGGAGCUGCUGCGGUUGUUGAAGCAUGGGCGAAAUUUAGCCAUUUCAGCCUUAAGAAUUCCACGGUGAAGUUGUCCGAGAUUAAAUACAGCAAGACGACCAAGCUUACUCCGCAGGAAGUGAAAAUGAAAGAAAACGCGAAACGCAAGCUGGACUUCUAUGGCAAGGGUUUGCCACUGGCGCAAUAGACCUGUCCUGUAAUUGUGCGGUUAAAGAUCUGAGAUCCUUGAGGUUAACCUGUUACUCUUUUAAAAAUUCUUCUGGAGUCGACAUCGAUACUCAUCGUACUUGGACCCUGUUAAUUCUUAAGUUUCGUAAUAGCUUUUCCAUGUGACCCUUUUUGCACUUUUUACCAGAUUUUCUUGUUUUAUUAAUAUCGCGGCUUCGGUAUUUUUUUUCUAUACUGUUGUGUGCUUGUUCUUCGUUACUAAUACACUGAAAACAUUA